AUGUUUAAAUCGUCGUGUCUCCUGUCGCUCACCUUCGUCGCUGGCCUGGUCGCCGCUCAAUCACUGUCAGACAGCUGCCAAAGUGCUCUCAGUGGCAUCGUCACCAAUGCUGAUACAGCCAAUUGUCUGAAUCCGUCAGCUCUCAUUUCUAUCGCUCUGAAUGGAGGGAACACUUCUGUCAUACAACCCAUCGACACAUGGUUGACCGGCCUUUGCGCACAAGCACCCUGCACAAAUGCCACGCUGGAAGCCACCACUCGUAGCAUUCUAUCCGGUUGCAGCACCGAUCUCGGUAGUUUCGGUCUCAACGUUAAUGAUGACUCGACGGCGUCCUCGGUGGUGGCAACUGUUCAGCAGUACUACCCCACUGUCCGCAAGGUUGUGUGCCUAAAAGAUUCGGACAAGCUGUGCGUCACUGAGACGUUGACAACCGCAGAGAGUCUUGUUGGGCCACUCACUCUCAACAACGUGCCAUCUAUCUUCGGGACAAUCAUGUCCCAGACACAAGUUCCCACCAAUAUAUCAUGCACCAGUUGCGCGAAGGAAGCAUUCAACAUCAUCAAGCAAGACGUACCAAGCGCUGCUGAUGCUAUCAACCGUGAUCUUGGGGCUCAAUGUGGCGCAGCCUUCGUUGAUGGCAAUACUCCGUCGGGUAUCAGCCAGAGCGCAUCAACUGCCAGCCCUGGGACCAAUGCUGCGAACAACGGAGCCCUUAGCCUCGUUUCGAUUUCCUCCAUUGGUGCUUCAUUGACCAUGAUCGGUUCUGCUGCUUUUGCUCUCUUGAUGUGA